AUGGCGACCGAAAGCAGUAACAGGGAUUGGCCUGACGAUUUAUUGAUUGAGAUUCUCGUGAGGCUGCCUGUCAAGGCUAUCAUUCGCUUCAAAUGCAUAGGAAAAACAUGGCGCUCUCUGUUUGAAACACCCAGUUUUGUUUCUCAGCAUCGUAGCAUUAGCAACAAGAAUAGUCGCUUUCUUAUUUGCCAUGCCGGGACGGAUGCUAAUGCUGGAAAAGUUGUUAUGCGCUUGUUUUCUGAUCGAACACUUGUUUCCUAUCAAGAUUUAUUUCCACAAAUGCCCCAACAUAUCGGUUAUGGGUAUCCCGUUAUAAAUGUCUGUGAUGGAUUACUUUGUUUAUGUAAUUCCCAAUCUACCAUAGCUCUAUGGAAUCCUGCCACUAGAGAAUUCAGACUUCUCCCACAAUGUAAUGAAAACAUCUCACAUAUUAUCGAUAAUUGUGGACAGAUUCUUGGAUUUGGAUGGGAUUCUUUAUCAAAUGAUUACAAAGUUAUUUACGUAAGCACUUAUCGUGAUUUGGAAGAGAAUACAUAUAAACGCCACUAUGCAGUCUAUAGGAUGAGAACAGAUUCUUGGAGGGUAUUAAAAGGGGAAGAUGUUGAGGUCGUUGACAACUUAGGAAUUUCUUUUAGGAACAACAACACCUGUGUAAAUGGUGUUUAUUAUUGGACAGCAUUCAAUCUUCAUCACAAGGUCCUUGCAUUUCACUUUGGCAACGAAGUUUUUGAAUUGAUAGAUUGGCCAACUGUUCCUGAACCUCGAUAUACAGAUGGGGAAUUGUGUGGACUACCUGACGAUCGCAUCUCUUUAUGGAUUUCUAAUUUUGAUGAGAGCGGCACAAGUAAUGAUGUUUGGGUGUUGAACAAUGAGGGGCAGUAUUGGACCAAACUAUUCCGUAUUGGACCUUUUGCAGGAGUUUUUAGGAUGUUCGGGUUUUUCAACAAAAAGAUUAAGGAUGGUGUUAAGGUAUUUGUAGAAGCUAUAAAUGGACAAUUAUUGCUUUACGACCUUGAUACUCAAGAAUUCAAAGAUCUCAAUAUUAUAUUAAGCACAGUUUGGCAUCUUCUUGAGGUUUACAGUUAUGAGGAGAGUCUUGCUGCUGUCAACAAAGAUCGCAUCCAGUAG